AUGCUUUUAAAGUUCAAGAAGUCGUUGUUACCACUGGUAUGGAAUGCCCUAUUUACAUUUUUGUUUUGUUUUUUUUCUAAGCGAAUCACUGGCUCGGAUAAUGCAAACAAAUUGUUUCCUACUUUGCUCUAUGCAUUGUAUUCUGGUGAGAAUAUUGACUUAGGUCAAAUUUUAUGGGUGCAAUUUAGUCAAAGUAUUUCUUCUUCAACAAAGAAUUCAGAAAUCUCUUGUGCGAUAUUUUGGUCAAUUGUCGUGAGGAAUGCUUGUGACCAUUUCAAAGUUCCUAUUAUGGCUGAUGCUCAGAUGGCUACUUUCCCUGUGUUGAACACCACAACUUUUGUUUUGUUGACUACGAAAGACUUUCAUUACAUUGGAGCGAUUCCUGAAGUUUUACUCAAAGAAGUCCCAAGUGAGAAUGAAGUUAUUUCUAUUUACAGGAAAAUUCGACAACAAGGUCCGAGACCCUUCUCUCCAACAAUGCAAGAUGAUUUGGAAUCUACGAUUGCUCCAAGACGAACAAGUGGAAAGAGAAAGGGAAAAGUUGUUAAAGAGGUUGUUUCUCAUAAUCCCUAUAAGAAACAGAAAAAGAAAAAGAAGAAGCAAAUCUCUGUUGUUGAUGAAGAUGUCAAACUUACAACUGGUAAUAAUCGCAACAAUGAUAUUGUUAUGUUUGAUGAUACAACCAAGUCUUCUGAUGCGAAUGAUCAGAUGAACACUACCGUUCCGAUUGCGACUACGAUUCAUGUUUAA